UUGGUAACAUAUAUUGGUGGAAUUAUUUACUUUUUAAGGUUGGCAAUUCGUUCUAUUAUUCGGAUUUCGGUGGUUUUGUUGUAGGUUAAGUUUUUAAAGCGUUUGGUGUGCGUAAUAUUUUCUUUUAUUGAGAGUAGAAAAACUAGGCAAAAAUGACUAUUGGUAAGAACAAUAAAAUGGUACAACACAUAAACUACCGGGUCCGCAUAACCCUGCAAGAUUCGCGGACGUUUAUAGGUACGUUUAAAGCUUUCGAUAAGCACAUGAACAUGAUUUUGGGCGAUUGUGAGGAAUUUCGGCGUAUUAAACCGAAAAAUUCAAAAAUUGAAAGAGAAGAGAAGCGAGUGCUAGGAUUCGUUCUGUUGCGUGGCGAAAGUAUCGUUUCACUAACGGUGGAAGGUCCUCCGCCGCCAGAAGAGGGUUUGCCAAGAGUGCCCAUUCCUGGUGCAGCACCUGGCCCCGGAAUCGGCAGAGCUGCUGGCCGUGGAAUACCGGCGGGUGUAGGUGGUGUACCUGUAGGCUUACAAGGUCCCGUUCGAGGUGUAGGAGGUCCCUCACAGCAAGUGAUGACACCAGGUGGCCGUGGACAGGUAGCCGCACCGCCACAAAUGCAUCCGGGUCCACCACGUAUGGGUGGUCCUCCACCGGGAAUGAUGGGACCUCCACCAGGGAUGAUGGGUGUUCCUCCAGCAAUGGCAAUGGGUCGAGGUGGUCCACCACCUCCAAUGGGAAUUAGAGGUCCACCUCCAGGCAUGAUGAGAGGUGGUCCUCCUGGCCCACCAAGACCAUACUAACAAUAAUCAUUUUCUUUAUAAUUUGAGUGAAGUAUAUCAUUAAUUUCAAUUCAGAAUAAACACAAUUUUAAUUUACAAAAGUAGUUUUGAAUAAUAUCUGUAUUAUAAUUGUAAUGAACGUUUUAUAUGUAAAAAUAAAUCAAUGUGCUUAGCAGAAGAAAAAAAAUACAGUAUAUGAACUUCCGGCACUUAAACAUACAGGACCAGACCCACCCCACACGGGGUGCCAAAAUCUCAGAGAAUUGUAGGAAUUCCAAAUAUUUAUUACCGACUUAAUUA